CAGGGGGUGUGGCCUUCUGACAGCCAUGGCCGCUGGGCUGCCCACAGAGGACUCCACGACUUGGUGGGGGGAAAAAGGCUGCUGAGACAAGGGCCUCUUAGAGGGCCGGACAACGCCAUGGCUCUGCCUGGGGGGCCAGCCCCACUGACAGUGAAGGAGCAGAAGGGAUGGUGGAGGGUCAGAGAGCCCCAUCUGUGGUUUUGCCUCUUGGCUGUGGGGUUGCUGAGUGGCCCGGCCCGGACCUGCCCAGCAGCCUGCCAGUGCUUUGGGGAAACCACCAUCUUCUGCACGGGAGGGGCCAUCGAGGACGUCCCCCCCGGAAUCCCUCCGAAUGCCACCCAGCUGGUUUUUGCGGAGACCUCCCUGCAGUCCCUCUGCAGCCGGGCCUUUGGCAACAGCAGUGCCCUGAGCACGCUGCGCUUCCUGAAGAGCCCCCUCCGUUCCUUGGCAGAGGCCGCCUUUGGGGGGCUGCCCCACCUCCAAGAACUGGUCAUCUCCGGGAGCAACUUGAGUGCCCUGGCCAAGGAGCAUUUUUCGGGCCUGGCCAACCUCACCCGCCUCGCUAUCAAGUUCAGCCCCCUGGCAGCCCUGGAGGGCAGCCUCUUCAACAACACCUCUGGCUUGAGAUCCCUUCACCUGCAAGGCAGCCAGCUGCAGUCUCUGCCCCCCGACAUCUUCCAGCCCCUGCAGGGCCUGCAGAGCCUUCAUCUGACUCAGAAUCUCCUUGCGGAGCUGCCGGAGGAGACCUUUGAGCCCCUGCUGCUGCUCCAGCUGCUCCAUCUGACCGACAACCGAUUGUCACGCCUCCUGCCGAAAACUUUCCUUCCUCUGGAGAAGCUGCAGGAGCUCUUGCUGGAUGGGAAUCAGCUCACCGAUCUGCCCAGGGGCAUCUUCUCCCGGCUGCCCCACCUGAGGCGGCUCCAGCUGCGCUACAAUGCCCUCCAGCACCUCCGCCCCACCACCUUCUCCUCCCUCUCCAGCUUGACCACCUUGGCUCUGGACAACAACCAGCUCUCUGACCUGCCAGACGGGCUCUUUGAGGGGACCCCCAACCUCACCCGCCUCUCUGUGACCCACAACCACCUCCAGACGAUCCCAGAGAGGCUCUUUGCCAACCUCUCCAGCUUGUCCCGCCUGGAUCUCUCCCACAACCUCCUCUGCCACCUGCCGACUGGUGUCUUCCAAGGCCUCUCCGCACUCACCCAGCUACGACUGGACCACAACAGCCUCAGUGCGCUGCCGAGGGAGGUCCUGGCCAACCUUAGUGUGCUGGAGGUGCUGCGCCUGGCCCACAACAACUUCACCACACUGCAGAGGGACGCCUUUGCCAACCUCACCCAGCUGACAGUGCUUGACCUGGCCAACAACCACCUGGCUUCUCUGCCGGCAGGGAUCUUUGACAGCAGCCUCCUCCUCAACUAUGUGGCUCUGGAGGGCAACCCGUGGGCCUGUGACUGCCGCCUGGCACCCCUGGCCUCCUGGCUGCGGGAGGACAGGUGGAGGCUCAAGACAGGCGCCUUCUGCAGCAGGCCCAGCUACUUGGAGAGAGCCAGCCUCCAGGAAGUCCGGGAAGAGCUGCUGGUCUGUGUGCCUGACCCAGAAGCUGCCCUCUGCAAGGCUCGGGUUCAAGACCCCUCCAGCUCCCCUUGGGCUCAGUGCCUUUACCUGGACCCAGCUGGGGCUGCCCGGCUCACCUGCAGUGCCGACCGGUGCCACGAGCUUAGCCUGUGUCUCCCGCCGGAUGAGCACCUGCGUCCCUCCCAGCCACUGAACUUCAGCACAGCCUGGGCCCUGGAUUCUCCCUGCGGGCCAAAGAGAGUCCGGAUAACUGUGACCGUUCAGGAAGAAGAGUCCCCCUAGCAGAAGAGGGCCUUCCUCCGGGGCAGCAGCUUCAACAAAGAGCCGGAUGUCCCCCCAGGAGGACGUUUCUGGGGAAAUGUGCCAGGAACACCAGGCUGCUACCUCCAAAGGGUAUAUGGGUGGGAGCCAGAGGGGCCGCUGCAGCCCAAGAGGGGGCUCACGGAGGUGGCAAGAAAUGAUGCUCAUUCUCACUGUGCCAGAAGCUGUUUCCAUUUCAGAUUCCCCCUCCCCUGCUCUUGAACCUGCUCUUAGAUUCCCCCUCCCCUGCUCUUAGCAGUUGUGUGAAUAAAGAGGUUCUUCUGGCCAAUGCUC